AUGGAUAACUUAUUUUAUUAUAUGAUAAUUCAAAAUGAUAGAAUACAACCUAUUAUUGUAAGACAACCACAGACAGUAAUAAUACACAGUCAACCCCAAUUACCUAUAACAUUAGACUUACCACCUCAAAAUAUUAUUUUAAAAAAUGACGAUCCACAACCAAUUAUAGUGAGACAAUCUAAUCCAAAUAUCAUAAUAGAGAAAUCACAAAACGAUUUUUAUAACCAUCCAAAUUUCCAUAUAGGAUUACAUGAUAAGGCAAAUUCAAUGCCAGGUAUAAAUAAUAUCAAUAUAAAGGAAACACCAAUUAAGGAUAAUAUGAUUGAAGAUAUGCAAAAUAUAAACAAUGGUGACACACAAUUUUAUUAUAAUAAUCAAAAUGUUAUAAAUGAUAAUAAUGUUUUACCCACACCUUAUAACUAUGUAAAUAAUGGUGUAUUUAAUAAGGAAAAUAAUUAUGAUCCAUACAAUUUUACGUUAUAUUCCAAUAAAUGA